UGCGUUUUUAAGACCUAAACUGGGGAAACAAUAUGAAGCUUCCUGUGUGUCUUUUGAAAGAGUUUUAGUAGAAAACAAGCUGCAUGGCCUUUCUCCAGCUCUCUCUGAAGCCAUCCAGAGCAUUUCUCGCUGGGAACUUGUCCAAGCUGCUCUCCCACAUGUGCUGCACUGCACUGCAACAUUGCUCUCCAACAGGAACAAGCUAGGGCAUCAGGAUAAGCUUGGAGUAGCUGAAACAAAGCUUCUUCACACUCUUCACUGGAUGCUGCUGGAGGCUCCUCAGGACUGCAGCAAUGACCGUUUUGGAGGAGACAGAGGCUCUAGCUGGGGAGGGAGCAGUAGCGCCUUUAUCCACCAGGCUGAAAACCAAGGAUCACCAGGACAUCCUCGGCCCAGCGCCACGACCGACGAGGAGGAGAAUAACAGGAGGAAGUUCUUCCAGAACUCCAUGGCCACAGUGGAGCUAUUUGUGUUCCUCUUUGCUCCCCUUGUCCACAGGAUUAAAGAGUCUGACCUGACAUUCCGGUUGGCUAGUGGCCUUGUUAUUUGGCAGCCAAUGUGGGAACACAGGCAGCCUGAGGUUUCUGCCUUCAAUGCCCUUGUGAAACCCAUCAGGAACAUCGUUACAGCCAAGAGAAGUUCUCCCACCAACAAUCAGAAUGUGACCUGUGAAUCCCCUAAUCUGGACAGUGGACGUACCGAGGGACUGCAGGUGGUCUGUGAGACAACACAGCCUGAUUCUGUACCUCCAAAGGCUGCUGUUUCUGCAUGUCAUCGUGGAAACUCCUUGGAAGGAAGCGUAUCCUCCCAAACCUCUCAGGAGAGAGGUCCUGCACAUCCCAGGGUGUCCUUGGUGAUCCCACCUUGCCAGAAGUCUCGCUAUGCCACGUAUUUCGAUGUGGCAGUGCUGCGCUGCCUGCUGCAGCCACACUGGUCCGAGGAGGGCACACAGUGGUCACUGAUGUACUACUUGCAGAGGCUGAGGCAUAUGCUACAGGAAAAGCCAGAGAAACCACCCGAGCCAGAGAUCACCCCUUUGCCAAGGCCUCGCAGCAGCUCCAUGGUGGCUGCUGCACCGUCUCUGGUGAACACCCACAAAACUCAGGAUCUCACUAUGAAAUGUAAUGAGGAAGAAAAAUCACUAAGCACAGAGGCAUUUUCCAAGGUGUCACUGACCAACUUGCGUAGACCAGCAGUUCCAGAUCUCUCCACAGACCUGGGGAUGAACAUCUUCAAAAAGUUUAAGAGCCGCAAAGAGGACAGGGAUCGCGAGCGUAAAGGGUCAAUCCCUUUCCACCAUACUGGGAAGAAGCGGCAACGAAGAAUGGGGGUGCCCUUCCUCCUCCAUGAGGAUCAUUUGGAUGUCUCACCCACUCGCAGCACUUUCUCCUUUGGCAGUUUCUCUGGAAUCGGAGAGGACCGACGUGGCAUUGAGAGAGGAGGAUGGCAAACCACCAUCCUAGGAAAGUUUACCAGGCGGGGGAGCUCCGACACAGCGACGGAGAUGGAGAGCCUGAGCGCCAGGCACUCGCACUCUCAUCACACUCUGGUCUCUGACCUGCCGGACCACUCCAACAGCCAUGGAGAGAACACAGUCAAAGAAGUGCGGUCCCAGAUCUCCACCAUCACUGUGGCAACCUUCAACACUACCCUGGCCUCGUUCAAUGUGGGCUACGCUGAUUUUUUCAGUGAGCACAUGAGGAAGCUUUGCAACCAGGUGCCCAUCCCUGAGAUGCCCCAUGAGCCGCUUGCGUGUGCCAACCUCCCACGGAGCCUGACAGACUCCUGCAUCAAUUACAGUUGCUUGGAGGAUACGGAUCACAUUGAUGGAACCAACAACUUUGUCCACAAGAACGGCAUGCUGGAUCUCUCGGUGGUCCUGAAAGCUGUUUACUUGGUCCUGAAUCAUGACAUCAGUUCCCGGAUUUGUGAUGUGGCACUGAACAUAGUGGAGUGCUUACUGCAGCUUGGUGUGGUGCCCUGUGUAGAGAAGGUUCGAAGGAAGAGUGAGAACAAAGAAAAUGAAGCCCCAGAAAAGAGGCCAAGUGAAGGAUCCUUCCAGUUCAAAGGAGCUGCUGCUGCUGGUUCAACUUGUGGAUUUGUGGUGCCUCCAGUUACUGGAGCUGGAGAUGGAGGAGAAGAAGGAGGUGGUGGAAGUGGUGGAGGAGGAGGAGGUGGAAGUGACGGAGGUGGUGGAGGAGGAGGAGGGCCAUAUGAGAAGAAUGACAAAAAGCAAGAAAAGGAUGAAGGUCCAUCUGUCAGCACCCAUAGGCUGGCACUCACAAUGCUGAUUAAAAUUGUGAAAUCCUUGGGUUGUGCCUAUGGUUGUGGAGAAGGACAUCGAGGGCUCUCUGGAGAUCGCCUGAGACACCAGGUAUUCCGAGAGAAUGCUCAGAACUGCCUCACCAAGCUGUACAAACUGGAUAAGAUGCAAUUCCGGCAGACCAUGAGGGAUUAUGUGAACAGGGAUUCUCUCAAUAACGUGGUGGAUUUCCUCCAUGCUUUACUGGGAUUCUGCAUGGAGCCAGUCACUGACAACAAGGCUGGAUUUGGGAAUAACUUCACCACAGUGGACAACAAGUCUACAGCCCAGAAUGUGGAAGGUAUUAUUGUGAGUGCCAUGUUCAAGUCACUGAUCACUCGCUGUGCUUCCACUACACAUGAGCUCCACAGCCCAGAAAACCUGGGCUUGUACUGUGACAUUCGACAGCUUGUCCAGUUUAUCAAGGAGGCUCAUGGGAAUGUAUUUCGGAGAGUGGCACUCAGUGCCCUCUUGGACAGUGCUGAAAAGUUAAUACCAGGGAAAAAAACAGAGGAAACAGAGCAGGAGCCAAAACCUUCUGGGAGCAAAAGAUCUGAGGUGGGAAGUGUCAUCAUUGACAAAGGCCAGGCCUCAGCUGCCCCUGAUGAAUGCCGGAGUUAUGUCUCAAGCCGCCCAAUGCAAACUCCAGAACAUGAUGAGCAAAGCCAAGGGGCCAAUCUGGGACGCAAGGACUUCUGGCGAAAGAUGUUUAAGUCACAAAGUGCAGCAAGUGAUACCAGUAGUCAGUCUGAUCAGGACACAUCUGAGUGCACCACUGCUCACUCUGGAACCACCACAGACAGGCGCUCCCGCUCCCGUUCCCGACGAAUCUCCCUUCGAAAGAAACUCAAACUCCCCAUAGGGAACUGGCUGAAGCGCUCCUCCCUCUCUGGUCUGGCUGAUGGAGUGGAAGAUCUCCUAGAUAUCAGUUCUGUCGACCGUCUCUCUUUCAUCAGGCAGAGUUCCAAGGUGAAGUUUACCAGUGCAGUGAAGCUGUCAGAAGGAGGUGGGCCAGGAGGAGGCCUGGACAACGGCCGAGAUGAAGAGGAGAAUUUCUUCAAGCGUCUUGGUUGCCAUAGCUUUGAUGAUCACUUGACCUCCAACCAAGAAGGAGGAAAAUCCAGGAAUGUUGUGAACCUGGGAGCAAUCCGCCAAGGCAUGAAGCGCUUUCAGUUUCUCCUGAACUGCUGUGAACCAGGCACUAUCCCCGAUGCCUCCAUUCUGGCAGCAGCCCUAGAUCUUGAAGCCCCUGUAGUGGCACGAGCAGCCCUGUUUCUCGAGUGUGCACGCUUCGUUCACCGCUGCAAUCGUGGCAACUGGCCUGAGUGGAUGAAGGGCCACCAUGUGAACAUCACAAAGAAAGGCCUGUCCCGUGGCCGUUCUCCUAUUGUGGGCAACAAAAGGAACCAGAAGCUGCAGUGGAACGCAGCUAAGCUCUUUUAUCAGUGGGGAGAUGCAAUCGGUGUUCGCCUCAACGAGCUGUGCCACGCUGAGAGCGAGAGCCCUGCCAACCUGCUGGGCCUCAUUUAUGAUGAGGAGACCAAGAGACGCCUGAGAAAGGAGGAUGAGGAAGAAGACUUUUUAGAUGACAGCACUGUGAAUCCUACCAAAUGUUGUUGUCCUUUUGCACUGAAAAUGGCAGCCUGUCAGCUUCUCCUGGAGAUAACCACUUUCCUUCGAGAGACCUUUCGCUACAUGCCCAGACCACGGACUGAGCCUCUUGUGGAUCUGGAGACCUGCAGGCUGCGUCUGGACCCUGAGAUGGACCGGCACAGGUAUGAAAGAAACAGCAGCCACACCCUCAAAUCUGAGGCUGGCUUCGAGGAGAAAAAAGUUCCCAGCAGGAAGAUCAGGAUAGGAGGCUCCCGCUUGCUCCAGAUUAAAGGAACCCGCAGUUUCCGGGUGAAGAAGGGGGGUUCCCUUUCCAGCAUUCGCCGGGCCGGCAGCCUAAAGAGCACCAAGUUAUCACGGCAGGACUCAGAGUCUGAGAAUGAGGAGCUGCAGCUGUCCCACAGCAGGGACACUGUCACUGAUAUAGAAGGGAGCCCCUGGAGUGCGAGUGAGCCCAGCAUUGAACCUGAGGUGCUGAGCAACACAGGCACAGAGGAGAACUAUCACCGGAACAUGUCGUGGCUGCAUGUUAUGAUCCUACUAUGCAACCAGCAAAGUUUCAUAUGUACCCAUAUUGACUACUGUCACCCACACUGCUACCUCCACCACAGCCGGUCCUGUGCGCGCCUCGUCCGGGCCAUCAAGCUCCUGUAUGGGGACACAGUCGACUCCCUGCGAGAAAACAGCACAUUGAACAAUGCACCAAGAGGCAAAAAACAAAAGGAAUGCUCAGACAAGUCAUGCUUAAGAACUCCUUCUCUAAAAAAGAGAGUGAUCGAUAUCAACUUGGAAGGGAAGAAGGACUCUGGAAUGCUAAAAUACAUCAGGCACCAGGUAAUGAGCCUCUCGCCUGCACCUUUGUCACUGCUAAUCAAGGCAGCUCCUAUCCUCACAGAAGAGAUGUAUGGGGACAUCCAGCCAGCAGCGUGGGAGCUCCUGCUCAGUGUGGAUGAACACAUGGCUGGAGCAGCAGCUGCCAUGUUCCUGCUGUGUGCUGUCAAAGUGCCAGAGGCUGUUUCUGACAUGCUGAUGUCCGAAUUUCAUCAUCCAGAGACCGUGCAAAGACUGAAUGCCAUUCUCAAAUUCCACACACUCUGGAGGUUUAGGUACCAAGUGUGGCCAAGGAUGGAAGAGGGAGCACAGCAGAUAUUUAAGAUCCCUCCUCCAAGUAUAAACUUCACUCUGCCUUCUCCUGUGCUGGGUAUGCCAUCUGUGCCAAUGUUUGACCCUCCCUGGGUCCCUCAGUGCAGUGGGAGUGUGCAAGAUCCUAUAAAUGAAGAUCAGUCGAAGUCAUUUUCAGCCCGAGCUGUGUCACGUUCCCAUCAGCGAGCAGAGCACAUCCUGAAGAACCUGCAGCAGGAGGAAGAGAAGAAACGCCUGGGCCGGGAAGCCAGUCUCAUCACUGCCAUCCCCAUCACUCAGGAGGCCUGUUAUGAGCCAUCUUGCACACCAAGCUCAGAGCAGGAAGAAGAAGAAGAAGUUGCCAACCUGGCCUCCCGCCGUCUGUCUGUGAGUCCAUCCUGCACCUCCAGUACAUCUCACAGGAACUAUUCCUUCCGCCGUGGCUCUGUCUGGUCAGUGCGGUCAGCAGUCAGUGCAGAAGAUGAAGAACACACUACAGAGCACACUCCAAACCAUCACGUGCCCCAACCACCUCAGGCUGUGUUUCCAGCAUGCAUCUGUGCAGCAGUGCUUCCCAUUGUCCAUUUGAUGGAAGAUGGAGAAGUCCGUGAGGAUGGAGUAGCUGUAAGUGCUGUUGCUCAGCAGGUCCUGUGGAACUGCCUAAUUGAAGACCCCUCUACAGUUUUGCGCCAUUUCCUUGAGAAGCUCACAAUCAGCAAUCGACAGGAUGAGCUGAUGUAUAUGUUAAGGAAGCUUUUGUUGAACAUUGGAGACUUUCCUGCCCAGACAUCUCACAUCCUCUUCAACUACUUGGUAGGACUGAUCAUGUAUUUUGUACGGACUCCGUGUGAGUGGGGCAUGGAUGCCAUUUCUGCCACACUCACCUUCCUUUGGGAAGUGGUGGGUUAUGUUGAAGGACUCUUCUUCAAGGAUCUCAAACAGACUAUGAAGAAGGAACAAUGCGAAGUGAAGCUGCUGGUGACUGCCUCGAUGCCAGGCACAAAAACCCUUGUUGUGCAUGGACAGAAUGAGUGUGACAUCCCAACACAGUUACCAGUCCAUGAGGACACACAGUUUGAGGCUCUUCUGAAGGAGUGUUUGGAGUUUUUUAACAUACCUGAAACUCAGUCUUCUCAUUAUUUUUUAAUGGAUAAGCGUUGGAAUCUCAUUCAUUACAACAAGACAUAUGUCCGUGACAUUUAUCCUUUCCGGAGGUCAGUUUCUCCCCAGCUCAACCUGGUGCAGAUGCAUCCAGAAAAGGGUCAAGAGCUCAUUCAGAAGCAGGUGUUCACCCGCAAGCUGGAAGAGGUAGGGCGGGUGUUGUUCCUGAUAUCACUGACGCAGAAAAUCCCUACUGCCCACAAGCAGUCCCAUGUGUCUAUGCUCCAGGAGGAUCUCCUCCGCUUGCCUUCAUUUCCCCGAAGUGCCAUUGAUGCCGAGUUCUCACUCUUCAGUGAUCCUCAAGCUGGGAAAGAGCUCUUUGGCCUGGACACUCUUCAGAAAAGCUUGUGGAUUAAGCUGCUGGAGGAGAUGUUCCUCGGCAUGCCCAGCGAGUUCCCCUGGGGGGAUGAGAUCAUGCUGUUCCUGAACGUCUUCAACGGUGCCCUGAUCCUGCACCCUGAGGACAGUGCCUUGCUGAGGCAGUAUGCUGCCACAGUCAUCAACACAGCUGUGCACUUUAACCACCUCUUCUCCCUCAGUGGGUACCAGUGGGUGCUGCCCAGCAUGCUGCAGGUAUACUCCGACUACGAAAGCAACCCACAGCUGCGCCAAGCAAUUGAGUUUGCGUGCCGCCAGUUCUACGUUCUGCACCGCAAGCCCUUUAUUCUGCAGCUGUUUGCCAGUGUGGCUCCACUCCUGGAGUUCCCUGAUGCUGCAAACAACGGAACCAGCAAGGGAGUGUCAGCUCAGUGCCUGUUUGACCUGCUGCAGUCCUUGGAGGGAGAUACUCCAGACAUUUUGGACAUCUUAGAGCUGGUGAAAGCCGAGAAGCCUCUCAAAUCAUUAGAUUUCUGCUAUGGGAAUGAAGACUUGACCUUUUCCAUCAGUGAAGCCAUCAAGCUGUGUGUGACAGUGGUGGCCUAUGCUCCUGAAUCAUUCAGAAGCCUCCAGAUGCUGAUGGUCUUGGAAGCGCUGGUUCCUUGCUACUUGCAGAAACUGAAGCGACAAACCUCUCAAGUGGAGACUGGGACAGCAGCUCGUGAGGAGAUUGCUUCUAUGAGUGCCCUUGCCACCUCUUUGCAGGCCCUCCUGUACAGUGUAGAAGUUCUCACCAGGCCUAUGACAGCCCCACAGAUGAGCAGAUGUGAUCAAGGCCAUAAAGGGACCACAACAGCAAACCAUACCAUGUCAGCAGGUGUGAACACCAGGUACCCUGAACAGGGAGCCAAACUACACUUUAUCAGGGAGAACCUUCACUUACUGGAGGAAGGACAGGGCCUUCCCCGAGAGGAGCUGGAUGAACGAAUUGCCCGAGAGGAGUUCAGGAGACCACGGGAGUCACUGCUGAAUAUCUGCACAGAGUUUUACAAGCACUGUGGUCCGAGGCUGAAGAUUUUGCAGAAUCUGGCUGGUGAGCCCCGAGUGACUUCUCUGGAGCUGCUGGAUGUGAAAUCCCACAUGAGAUUGGCAGAAAUUGCACAUUCCCUGCUGAAACUAGCACCUUACGACACGCAGACGAUGGAGAGCCGAGGCCUCCGGCGCUACAUCAUGGAGAUGCUGCCCAUCACUGACUGGACAGCUGAGGCGGUGAGACCUGCCCUUAUCCUCAUCUUAAAGAGAUUGGAUCGUAUGUUCAAUAAAAUUCACAAGAUGCCUACUUUGAGGCGCCAGGUUGAGUGGGAGCCUGCCAGCAGUUUGAUUGAAGGGGUUUGUUUGACACUUCAGAGGCAGCCUAUCAUAUCCUUCCUGCCUCACCUUAGGUCUCUGAUCAAUGUCUGUGUCAAUCUGGUGAUGGGAGUGGUAGGACCCUCCAGUGUGGCUGACGGAUUACCCCUUCUUCAUCUCAGCCCUUAUCUCUCGCCACCUCUGCCCUUCAGCACAGCUGUUGUCCGGCUUGUAGCAUUGCAGAUACAGGCUUUGAAAGAAGAUUUUCCCCUAAGCCAUGUCGUCUCCCCAUUCACCAAUCAGGAAAGAAGGGAAGGAAUGCUUUUAAACCUACUGAUUCCAUUUGUGCUCACAGUAGGAUCUGGAAGCAAAGACAGCCCCUGGCUGGAGCAGCCUGAGGUCCUGCUGCUGCUCCAGACUGUUAUCAAUAUCCUCCUGCCACCUCGCAUCAUCAGCACUUCCCGCAGCAAGAACUUCAUGCUGGAGAGCUCCCCUGCCCACUGCUCCACCCCAGGGGAUGCAGGGAAGGACCUGCGGCGGGAAGGGCUCGCAGAGUCCACCAGCCAGGCUGCCUACCUGGCCCUGAAGGUGAUCCUUGUUUGCUUUGAACGCCAACUGGACAGCCAGUGGUACUGGCUGAGCCUGCAAGUCAAAGAGAUGGCACUGCGGAAGGUGGGAGGGCUGGCCCUGUGGGAUUUCCUCGACUUUAUCGUGCGAACACGGAUCCCUAUCUUUGUGCUCCUUCGGCCCUUCAUCCAGUGCAAGCUUCUGGCCCAGCCAGCUGAGAAUCACGAGGAGCUGACUGCUCGACAGCACAUCUCCGACCAGCUGGAGAGACGGUUCAUCCCGCGCCCGCUCUGCAAGAGCUCCCUCAUCGCUGAGUUCAACAAUGAGCUGAAGAUCCUGAAGGAGGCUGUGCACAGUGGGUCUGCUUACCAAGGGAAGACAUCCGUCAGCACCGUGGGCACCUCCACCUCGGCGUACCGCCUGAGCCUGGCCACCAUGUCCCGCUCCAACACCGGCACCGGCACGGUCUGGGAGCAGGACAGUGAGCCCUCCCAGCAGGCCUCGCAGGACACGCUGAGCCGCACAGAUGAGGAGGACGAAGAAAAUGACUCCCUGAGUAUGCCCAGUGUGGUAAGUGAACAGGAAGCAUACCUUAUGGGUGCCAUUGGGAGGAGGCGGUUCUCCAGCCAUCUCUCCAGCGUGUCUGCACCUCAGGCUGAGGUGGGCAUGUUGCCCAGCCAAAGUGAACCUAAUGUCCUCGAUGACUCCCCGAGCCUGGCCACUGAGGGCAGCCUCUCUAGGGUGGCAAGUGUGCAGAGCGAGCCAGGACAGCAGAACCUUCUCCUGCAGCAGCCUCUGGGGCGGAAGAGAGGCCUACGGCAGCUUCGACGACCACUGCUGUCACGUCAGAAAACUCAGACAGAGCCUCGGAGCCGGCACGGAGCUCGGCUUUCCACCACGCGGCGGAGCAUCCAGCCCAAGCCGAAACCCUGCGCGGAGCAGAAGCGGUCGGUGACGUUCACCGAGGCCCAGCCCGAGGUGCCCCCAGCCUGCCCCGGGGACGCGCCAGCCCCGGCAGCACCGCAGCAGGGCUGCAGCCACAGCAGCCUCCAGGACACUGGCAGGCAGGAGCCCCUCAGCAAGCCCGUGCUGACUUCCUCACCUGCCAUCGUUGUGGCUGAUCUCCACAGCCAGGCCACCGGCCAGGGCGAGGCACUCUCUGCUGAGAAGGAGAAGGAGAAAGAGGAGGGCUUGGAGUCCCGGCCAGCAACAGCACAGAGCACCCCACCCACCCAGCUCUCUGACACCGAGGACUACGCUGGCCUGGAGACCACCAGCUUGCUGCAGCAUGGGGACACUGUCCUGCACAUCAGUGAGGACAAUGGGAUGGAGAACCCCUUGCUGGCCACUCACUUCAGCUUCACACAUGUGGAGCUCGGGGAGACAGAUGUGGAUCUAGAUGAAUCUCAUGUUUAA